AUGUCAAUGAAUGUAUUGUCAAUAACGGUGGAUGUCAACAACAUUGCUGCAAUACUUUAGGAAGUUACUACUGUCGAUGCAAUCAUGGUUAUAAAUUGAAUGCUGAUGGCAGAACGUGCUCUGAUAUCGAUGAAUGCCAAAACUACAACGGAGGAUGCCAAAACAAAUGCAUUAAUUAUGAAGGAGGUUAUUCUUGUGAAUGUGAACCAGGGCAGAGACUUCAUACAGAUGGUCUUACGUGCAUUGAUAUGGUGAAUCGAUGCAGUAUUAACAAUGGAGGUUGUCAGCAUAUAUGCGACGAAUCUCACGGAAGGACUCGUUGUCGCUGCCGACCAGGUUAUGUGUUGAAUCUCAACGGCCGAACGUGCGAAGCUAUCGAUGCUUGCAGCCGUGAUAAUGGAGGAUGCUCCCAAAGAUGUGAUACAGUUAUGGGACGAGCAGUGUGCAGUUGUUUACCUGGAUUCAGUCUGGAAAGAAAUGGAAAAACAUGUGUCGAGAUAGAUGCAUGUGCUCGAGAUAAAGGAGGAUGUUCUCAUGUAUGCCAAAGUGUCAAUGGAAGAGCUGUAUGUAGUUGCUUGUCCGGCUACCAAUUACAGAGAGAUGGUAAAACUUGCGAAG